CGGGGCUCCUGAGUGGGUGGUCGCCAUGGCGCUGGGGAGCGGCUCGGGUCCCGGGGCAGUGCCGUUUCCGCGGGCGGAGCUGAAGCUGGUGCGGCUGCUGAGCCGCUGCGAGGUGCUGGCGGCGGCGGACCGGCGGGGCGCGGGGGAGUGGCGGCUGGAGAAGUAUGUGGCUGCCCUGGAAGAGAUGCUCCUGGAGCUGAAGAAACACUCCAGCAAGCCGGCUCCCGAGGUGCUGAACGAAUAUUCUCGCAAGGUGGAGUUCUUGAAAGGCAUGCUGGAAGCGGAGAAGCUGCCGUCUUCCUCUGAAAAGGCGCUGGCCAAUCAGUUCCUGGCCCCCGGGCGAAUCCCCACCACUACUAAGGAGCGGAUCCCGGCCACGCAGAUGGUGCAUUUGCAGACCAAAGCCCGCUACACUGGGGAAAUGAGGAACGAACUGCUUGAUUUGGAAGAGACAAGCUUGAGGAAACGCACGGGCUUCCUCCCGGAUGAGAAGCAGUCGGCCGCUGACCUGGACACCGUCCUGAAGCACCACCACAACCUCCAGGAGAAGCUGGCGGAGGAGAUGCUGCACUUGGCGCGCAACCUCAAGAACAACACCCUGGUGGCUCAGAACGUGAUUAAGCAAGACAACCAGACGUUGUCUCAUUCGCUCAAGCUGGCCGAUCAGAACUUUGAGAAGCUGAAAGACGAAUCCGACCGCCUGGAGCAGCACGCCAAGAAAUCGGUGAACUGGCUCCUCUGGCUGAUGCUGAUCGUCGUUUGCUUCAUUUUCAUCAGCAUGAUCUUGUUUAUCCGGAUCUUUCCGAAGCUGCGGUGACUUCUGGCCUGGCCUGGCGCACUUUGCCUCUUUCCUUCGCGAAGCCCCAGCCCCAGGUGGCCGCGGGGCGGUAGCUUCGUUCCAGCCAGGCUGAAAGGACGGCUGUGCGUUUUGGUUUUGGAUGCAGCCUGCUUGCUGUUGCUGGAAAUGCACUGCGACAACUCAGGUGAUGGAGCGUUUCUCCGGAGCGCGGUUGUCAUCUCACAGCAAAACAGCUCCUCAGGCUGGGCUGGGUCCCCCUUUGCAUCGUAUGGAAGGGAAGUUUUCUGCCUAGAGGAGCCCUCAGCCCCAUUGGCCCUGUCGGGGGUUUGUGUGGCAUUCGCUUCUUGUCUGAAUGAAGCCUGCCAGAGAGGGUGGGUGGCAAGAAACGGAAGGACUGGGCAUUUGCUUGCUUGCCGAAAAACAACCGGGGUCGAAGAGGGGAAAGCACAGUAGCAUUUAAAGACCAGUAGGACCGAUACAAAACAAAUACCCUGCGAUGUGUGUAAUGAAAUGUCCCUAAAUAAUCCUCGCGUGAAGAACGUUCCUCUUGUUGAUGAUGGUUGAAAAAUCGUUUUGGCAAAUUGUCAUCCUUGGCGGCUGUUCGGUUAAGAUUCCCCCUGCCUUUUUUUAGCCGUUCUGCCUCUUUUGUUUUUUGAUUGGUGGCUGAUGACGGGGUUCUCUUUGUUCCUGGGCUGCUUUGUUUCCUUUCCAUCAGCCUCUGUCGGGGAGAGGGGGAGCUUCUGCCGGUUGCUCAGGACAAAGACAGCACAACUGAAGUUACGGCGGCCGAAUUACUAAGAACGCAUUGAAACAAAACCAUACAAAUAUGUUCAAUAAAAGUCUAAAUAGCACUAACA